AUGUCCGCCAUCGACACUCCUGUCGCUGAGAAGACCCAGUACCAGGGCACCAACGCGGCCUCCAGCGCCGCUGAGCGUCGCCGCGCUGCCCUCUCCGAAAUUGACGAGGCCAAGUUCUCCUGGUUCCACGCCAAGGCCUGUAUCGUCGCGGGCGUGGGCUUCUUCACUGAUGCCUACGACAUUUUCGGUAUCUCGCUUGCCGCCACCAUGAUUGGUUACGUUUACCACCAGGGUGGCUCCAACACUGCCAACCAGGACCUUGGUAUCAAGGUCGCUCACUCCAUCGGCACUUUCUUCGGUCAGCUCCUCUUCGGUUUCCUUGCCGACCACGUUGGUCGCAAGAAGAUGUACGGUGUUGAGCUCAUGAUCAUUAUUGUCGGCACUGUCGGCCAGGCUGUUGCCGGCCAGGCUCCCGCCAUUUCUAUUUACGGUGUCAUCAUCUUCUGGCGUUUCGUGAUGGGUAUGGGUAUCGGUGGUGACUACCCCCUCUCCGCCGUCAUCACCUCCGAGUUCGCCGCCCGCCGCAUCCGUGGCCGCAUGAUGGCCGCCGUCUUCUCCGCCCAGGGCUGGGGAAACCUUGCCUGUGCCAUUGUCUCCGUCUGCGCCGUCACUGGCUUCAAGAAGCAGAUCCUCGAGCAGCCCCUUACCAACCUCAAGGCUAUCGACCAGUGCUGGCGUACCGUUAUCGGUGUCGGCUGUGUUCCCGCCACCAUCGCUCUUUACUUCCGUCUUACCAUCCCCGAGACUCCCCGUUACACCAUGGACGUCGAGCGCAACAUCAAGCAGGCCUCGCAGGACGUCGACACCUACCUUACCACCGGCACCUACGUCGUUGACCCCAUCAACAACCACGAGCGCGCCGAGCUCCCCAAGGCUUCGUGGUCCGACUUUAUCCGCCACUUCUCCCAGUGGAAGAACGGCAAGGUCCUCUUCGGUACCGCCUACUCGUGGUUCGCCCUCGACAUUGCCUUCUACGGUCUCGGUCUCAACUCGGCCACCAUCCUCAAGACCAUCGGUUUCGGCAGCUACACCGCCGGCGCCAACAAGAACAUCAACAUGUGGCAGACCAUGUUCAACACCUCGGUCGGUAACAUUAUUCUUGCCGUCGGCGGUCUCAUCCCCGGCUACUACUUCUCCAUGGCCUUCGUCGACAGCUGGGGACGUCGCCCCAUCCAGCUCAUGGGUUUCGCCCUUCUCACCAUCAUCUUCGUCUGCAUGGGCUUUGGCUACAACGCCAUGGAGUCCACCGACGCCGGCAAGAAGGCCUUUGUCUUCCUCUACUGCAUGGCCAACUUCUUCCAGAACUUCGGUCCCAACACCACCACUUUCAUCAUUCCCGGUGAGGCCUUCCCCACCCGUUACCGUUCGACCGCCCACGGUAUCUCGGCUGCCUCGGGCAAGCUCGGUGCCAUUGUCGCCCAGGUCGGCUUCUCCCGUCUUAUCAACAUUGGCGGUACCGGCAAGUUCCUCCCCCACAUUGCCACUUUUGCCCUUCCUCCAUCCUCUGGUCCUACUGGACCUUCCAAACGUCUCUUCUUCGCGUGUAUCACCAAGGGCCUCACCCUCGAGGAGCUUUCGCAGGAGGACCAGGACAACUUUGUCCGUGGCUCCAACGUUGGCGUCCGUGGCUCGGCCGACUCGGCUGAGACUGCUUGA